UGGUCUGGAUGCUGCGUCUAUUGUGCGCUUUCAUGUCAGACAAUAAACUGCAGAAAAGCGUCGCGCGCGCGUUGAACAGUGAUUAUUUGAAAGCUUUAUUUCAGUUUUUCGAGUGUUUACUCAAAAUGUUUUCAGACUGUUUGUUAUUUUUCGAUGUUUCCACCUGUAGGAAGGAUCGUCGCUCUCAGCUGAACAGAACAAAAGCAGCAAACACCCGCGCGCUGCGUCUCCGGCUGAACUCAGCUUGAAGUUUACAGAAAGAGAGAGAGGGAGAGAGAAAGGUGGAGCGGGAGAAAAGAGAGAAAAGCAUCCACUCUUGAGGUUGAUAACGGACCCCGGCGCGUGCGUCUCUUCCAGUUUGGCAUCAGGCGCUGCUUUGUCUUCGUUCGCCGCGCGUAAUAACAAAAAAAGAAGCAGCGGGUGGAUGAUGCGCACCGUGAUAUGAGGCGCCAUGGCGUGGUGUGACCGAGGGGUUCAGAUUUUGUUGGCCGUGGUGGGGGCCUUCGCCGCCUUCAGCCUCAUGACCAUCGCCAUCGGCACCGACUACUGGCUCUACUCCCGGGCGUACAUCUGCAACGCCACCAAUGUCACCGCCGACGAAACCCAGAUGCAAACCAAGAAAGUCAAAGGCGACCUGACGCACUCCGGGCUGUGGAGGAUCUGCUGUAUAGAAGGGAUCAACAAAGGAAGCUGUUUUCGGAUCAAUCACUUUCCAGAGGAUAAUGACUACGAUACCGACAGCUCCGAGUAUAUCUUACGUAUAGUUCGAGCUUCGAGCCUUUUCCCAAUUCUCAGCACCAUCCUUCUGAUGUUGGGCGGCAUGUGUGUCGGUGUGGGACGGUUUUACAGCAGAAAAAACAACAUCCUGCUCAGUGCAGGCAUCCUGUUUGUGGCUGCAGGGCUAAGCAACAUCAUUGGCAUCAUUGUCUACAUCUCUAGCAAUGCUGGAGACCCCAGUGACAAGAAAGACGAGGACAAGAAGAACCAGUAUAACUACGGCUGGUCCUUCUACUUCGGCGCCCUCUCCUUCAUUGUGGCCGAGUCGGUGGGCGUUCUCGCCGUCAACAUAUACAUUGAAAAAAACAAAGAGAGACGCUUCAGAGCCAAGCACGACUUCAUCAAAACCACCUCGUCCUCUUCGCCGUACUCCCGCAUACCAAGCUAUCGCUACAGGCGGAGGCGUUCACGCUCCAGUUCGAGAUCAACAGACCCCUCCCGUGAGCCGUCCCCGGUAGGAAUGAAAACCGGUGAAGGGUCUGGAGGGGGAGGCUUGGGAAUGGGUCUACCAAUGGGGGAUAUAUCCCUUUACUCCCUCAGCAGAGACCCUUUGAAGGGCGGAAGUGGACCUGCGAGGCCGUACAGCCCUGAGAGGGAUACUGGAUUUUUACAAGUCCACAACUGCUUCCAGAAAGAGGUGAAAAAUGGAGCAAACCGGAGGACCACGCCAGUAUGAGGUCAGGAGUGCGCUGCUGUCUUCAACAACAGCUUUAUUGAAAUACUUUAUAUGUUGUUCAGAUGAAAGGCGAGUUUUCCACAGGAUUUUUUUUUUCAGUGUUAAUUUUCUGACAGGCCUUACAACAGAAAAGUAAAGAAAAUGUAAAUACUGAAAAAACUUUAAAAAGUGAGACUCAUGUAGCAUUAUUUAAUGAGGUAAAUUUUAAAAUAUACAGAUUAAAGUCUGAAAAAGUGGCUUCUGCUCUGACAUAAAGAUGGAAGAAUGCUGUGUUUGUGCCGGCCUACUUUUAAAAACAGCCAUUUGUUGAAUUUGCAUGUCGAAGACUUAACUUUUUUUAGACUUGAUGCUCAGUUUGAUACAGCCUCACAGCAUUAAAACUGUGACUUUUGUUUAUUUUUUGUGAAGUAGUGUUUCAAAAAUGAUAUGCUUACCGUUUAACAGAAAAAAUAUUUGUCUUCAAAAGUUGUAAGGUUUAGUCAUUUGUGUGAUUGUUACAAAACCAUUGUUGUUCUGCAGUUUGUAACUUAACACAGACGGUGCUAACUUCAUCUGUACACCUUGGAUCGUUUUAAAUCCCCUCAACUUCGAUUUAAAUACUUAUUAUGUGAUUCAGUAAGCUCUCUGUGCGGAUGUAGGUCAUGCCAUUAGUCUGUGUGUUAGAGUAUGUGUGUGUCUGUAGAAAUAAUGCCACAUUGUGAUGAAAUGAAGCUACAAAUUUGUAUAAAUAUUGAUUACCUGAAAAAAAGAUGCUGCCACAGUAAAGACUUCACAUUCCAAUUCAGUGUGUUGAAUCAGAAGAAACGUUUUUCACAGACACUGUCUGUGUAAUUUGCUGAUCAUUUGCUCAGGGAUGAUGUAUGGAACAAAUUAAUUUCUUAUUUAAGCCAGACAGACUGUUAUGCUUGGUAUGUGUAUAAAAAAAAAAGAGAGCGAUAAAACCAUGCUCUGUGGUUGUGGUGAAUUAACUGAAAGCCCCUGUUUUCUUGCAUCCACUGCCUUUGUGUAAAAAAAAUGUUUUUGACUGUAGCAAAUUUUGAUCAUGCUGCAAGAAGCGCACAUGUUUACAGUAUUUCAAUCUUAAUGUACUUUAUUAGUAAGAACUGUUGGUAAAAUUAGAAUUUUCUAGAAGUUGGAAAAAAAGUCAAUAAAUAAUUUUGUGUCAGGCUGC